AAAGCUAAGGCAUAUCCAUUAGUGACCAAGUUGCCAAAAUAGGAGGCCAAGAGGGGCUCAAGUCCCCGAUAGGGGAUAGGAGUGCUAUGAAUAUGAGUACGAGUAUGAGCAUAUGCUAUGAGUGUGAGUUAUACGGCUGGGCAAAUAAGGUCGCCGACAAGAAGGGGGUGGUAAACUAUAUUACUGAGUGCGUGUGUGCGUUGUUAUAGAUUUUUUUGAUUUGCAAUGUUCUUAUUUGUAUAUUGCAGGUUGUGGCAAUAGUUCACUGAGCAGGGAGAUGUUCGACAAUGGAUUUAUACACAUUACCAAUGUGGAUUACUCAGACGUUGUGAUACAGAACAUGGCUUUAACACACGAGCAUUGCUGUUCAGAGAUGAAGUGGAAAGUUAUGGACAUCAGAGACAUGAGUGAGUUUCAGUCAUCCACUUUUGAUGUUGUCAUAGAAAAAGGCACAUUGGAUGCCAUGUUAGUAGAAGAAAAAGACCCAUGGCAUUUGUCUGAUGAUGGCAAAGCCUUGACUACUGAUAUACUAAGCGAGGUUGCCAGGGUGACGACACAGUGUGGAAAAUUCAUAUCCGUAACAUUCUCACAGCCACAUUUCCGCGUGCCUUUGCUGAUGAAAGUGCUUCACGGCUGGUCCGUGCAGCCCGAGACCUUUGGCAAUGCUUUUAGCUACUUCUUCUAUGUUGCAACAAAAGGAAGGAGCUUAGGCAAAAAGUUUCCGACGGUGUGUCCCCUACGAGCAGACGUUCGUGUGGAAGAAGCCAGAACGAGGCAUGCAUCUGCACCUAGGGAAGACUUUCUGCUUUCAUUAGAUUUGUAGUGGCGACACAUUGAUGUGCUAAAUCGAAAUGCUCUUGUGUGGUUUCUAAAUGGUGCUGAUGAGGAAAUUGUGUCAGGUGCAAAGGUAGAUGCUAUAUCUCACCAUGAACACGAGUAGGUACUCUCAACUGGAAUAUUUAUUUGCAUUAGAGCUAGAAUAUCAAAACAUUGUUCUCGGGCGAAAAUAUUUUGAGUAAGGGAUAAGAAAUUAUAUUAAACAGGAGCUUAUAUUUGUGAUAAGUUUAAUGAGUAAGAUAUGUUAAAUAUUAUGAAGAAAUAUUUUUGAUUAAUACUGCUGGACCAGUUUUGUAAUCUCGGCUGCAACAAUAAAGUGUUUAUAAUG